AUGUCGUCCGAACUUGAUCAAUUGCGCCGGCAACUUGAAGAAGAGAAGCAACUACGACAGGAGGAGAGGCGACUACGACAGGAAGAGAAGCGACUACGAGAGGAAGAGAAGCGGCUACGAGAGGAAGAGCAAUGUCGUCGUAUAGCCGCCGAAGAGCACGCUAUUUCGGAGCAACGUCGACGAGAAGAAGAGCAACAAUACUAUCAGCAAAGAACAGGAAGUACAAGUUUAGCCGAAUUCCUCGAUGCAUACCAUGUCCACCUCUACCAAGGAUUGACCGUCCAAGACAAGGACCAGUCAACCCAAGGAACUCCUGCGAAUGCUGACCGAAAGCUUCGUCCCGAUUAUAUCGUUCCUUGGAUAGAUUUUCCGGCGCACCAGACUCGAAUGUGGGAUAUAGUGAUGGAGUCGGAUUUCAUAUCAGAAAGACACUUCACUUCUCUACAUACACUGAAAGAGACCGGGGAGCAGCUACAUCAACGACAACUAAGUUCAGAGUUGGACCUUCAAUACUUUGUUCGAUUUGCAAUCAAUGAUCAAGUAACGUCGAUCAUUAAACACCUAUCUCAGCACACGGUCCUGCGCCAGACCCUUAAUCUGCAGGGUUCCGUGAAAUUUGAAAACCACGGGAAUAUGCUAAGUCCUGACGAGGCGGUGCAGAACUUUCAGAAUUUAACUAUUUCCCAGCCACAGCCACGAGGACGUCCCGAACAAAGCUCCUCAGCCACUAGGUCGUCGUCGCCCAGCCGAUUACGGACAUCAAUACCUCGCGCCGAUCAGUUCUGUGUAUAUAGUGUCUUCGAUGAGGUGGGUGAAACGAUCUACCGGGUACCGGUGUUGAUCUUCGAAUACAAGGCGGCUCACAAGUUGACAUUGGGCCACAUCUACGCGGGCUUGAGAGAAACGUGUCUCGACGAUAUUGUACAGGAACAGCCAGAAGAGGACGUGGAACGACGAUGUCAGCGACUGGUAGCGGCGGUGGUGACACAAGCGUUUGCAUACAUGAUCUCGUCGAGGUUGGAAUUUGGGUGCGUCUUUACUGGCGAAGCUUUUAUCUUUCUGCGCAUCCCCGAGGACGACUAUUCUCGCGUGCACUAUGCCCUGGCCGUCCCUCACGGCGAUGUGGGACCGACAACGGGGUGGACCGGUGAAUUGAACCAUGGGAAUCGAUUGCAUUUAACGGCCGUCAGCCAACUACUAGCUUUCACUCUGGGAGCGAUUCAAAGUCCUCGCCGUACUCUUCAGUGGCGACGGAAUGCGGAGAUCGAGCUGAAGACGUGGCAGGUGAUGACGGAGGACUUGGAAGAGGAAAUUCCCGCGAAAGACGUCCCUGGGUCGGAAUAUCGGCCCCCUCAAGGUGACGCGGCGCGGUUUCUGGUGGAAUCGCCCAUUUGUCAUCGGCUGCGCCCUCGGAAACUCCAGAUGAAUGAGGAUGCUCCUAUACCAACAAACCCGUCAGCAGAGAGUGAUGAAGACAGCGACGACGGGCCGGCCAGCACCGAGACCCCCAGUCGUGCGCCACCGGUUGCUCGGCGAGGUGUUGCUGGUGAAGGGACUGGUCGUGGAGGUGCCGUGAGUCGCGGUAGCCCGUCGACCACGUCUUAUCAACAACGAAACUUAGGUCCGUACUGUUCAGCCUUGUGUUUGAAGGGCCUGGUGGAGAAGGGGGUCUUGGACUUCUCGUGUCCCAACGUGCACCAACAUGGCUCGGGUCCGCGACAUGCCAUCGGUCUCCAGGAAUUUCGACAGUUAGUACAGCACGUUCUACAGCAUCAGCUCGAGUAUUGCGAAGAAUUGUUCCUCUACGGGGCGAGAGGGUGUCUAUAUCGCAUUCGAGUGCCCCAUUGGGGUUAUACCAUGGUGGCCAAAGGAACGCGACGUGAAUUUGUGGCGGAUCUCCAACGAGAGGCAAGUAUCUACAAAAGGUACCUCAAACCUAUUCAGGGAAUAUACACGCCUGUGUAUCUGGGGAGUUUCGACCUGGCAUACCCACUGGAUUAUAUCGGAGUGGUACCGAUUGUGCAUAUAAUGGUCUUGUCGUUUGGAGGAUGUUCGUUAAACAACCUUCGUUCCCUUCCAGCCGCCACCGAUACGGCCAUCGAAGGGCUGCGUGCGAUCCAUGGCUUAGGGAUCUUACACCGUGAUGUGGCCCGGCGAAAUAUGCUGUGGGAUUCGAAAGAGCAACGAGUGAUAUGGCACGACUUUGGGCGGGCGUGCAUCUGCCGACGUGAUCCUCUAACCGAGAAGUCGGUCAAUACCAGGACGAUUUCGCUCGUUGGCAAGAAGGACAGAAACGACCCUCAGCGGGAGUUCUCAAAGGAGAUUCGGAAGGCGUUGUCGGAACUUAGAUUAAAUCGAUCUUUACAACCGGGGCCGCUGUACUCAUCGGUAUCGCGAGGGAUUGGGAUGGAGAUAUUAGUGUAA